AAUCAAUUUGCGAAUCGAUAUUAUUUAUGUAUUUGUUGUAAACAAAAAGAGCGCGAUUUUAUGCAAAAUCGCUGUCUACUAUAAUAAAAUGCACAUCAAGCAGAUUAUUAUACAAGGCUUCAAGAGUUACAAGGACCAGACGGUGGUGGAACCAUUCGACAAGCGCCACAACGUUGUGGUUGGACGUAAUGGCUCCGGAAAGAGCAACUUCUUCUACGCUAUCCAGUUCGUGCUGAGCGAUGAGUUCACCCACUUGCGGCCAGAGCAGCGCCAGUCCCUACUCCACGAGGGAACAGGUGCCCGUGUCAUAUCCGCCUAUGUGGAAAUCAUCUUCGACAACUCGGACAACCGAGUUCCAAUCGAUAAAGAGGAAAUCUUCCUGCGGCGCGUGAUUGGUGCCAAAAAGGAUCAGUAUUUCCUCAACAAAAAGGUGGUGCCCCGCAAUGAGGUUGUAAAUUUGCUGGAAUCGGCUGGCUUCUCCAGCUCAAAUCCCUACUACAUUGUGAAACAGGGCAAGAUCAAUCAGAUGGCGACGGCAGCCGAUUCUUAUCGCCUCAAGCUGCUCCGUGAGGUUGCCGGAACCCGAGUCUAUGACGAACGGAAGGAGGAAUCGCUGAAUCUGCUGCGGGAGACAGACAGUAAGGUGGAGAAGAUUAGCGAGUACCUGAAGACCAUCGAGGAUCGUCUGCAGACGCUCGAGGAAGAGAAGGAAGAACUGAAGGAGUACCAGAAAUGGGACAAGACGCGGCGCACUCUCGAGUACAUUCGCUACGAAACCGAGCUAAAGGACACCAGGAAGGCUCUAGACGAGCUCCAGUUGCAGCGCAAGUCCUCCUCGGAUAAGAAGAAAAUCUAUAACAUCGAGAUCCAGAAGGCGCAGGAGAAGAUCAAGGAUGUGCAAAAGAACCUGAAGGAGGCCAAGAAAAAAGUACAGGGCACCAAAGAGGAGCGCUCUGUGCUGAUGACCGAGCAGCAACAGUUGUUACGCGAGAAGACCAAAUUGGACCUGACCAUCGUCGAUCUUAACGACGAAGUUCAGGGAGACAACAAGUCCAAGGAGCGGGCUGACCAGGAGCUAAAGAACCUCAAGGUAACCAUAGCCGAACGGGAAAAGGAACUGGACGACGUAAAGCCUAAGUACGAGGCAAUGAAGCGCAAAGAGGAAGACUGCUCUCGGGAGCUGCAACUCAAGGAACAGAAGCGCAAGGAGCUCUACGCCAAGCAGGGUCGGGGUUCCCAGUUCUCAUCUCGCGAGGAUCGCGACAAAUGGAUUACGAACGAGUUGAAAUCCAUUAGCAAACAGACGCGUGACAAGAUCGCCCAUCAUGCUAAGCUGGUGGAGGAUCUCAAGAAAGAUGCCACCUCCGAGAAGGAUUUGGGCCAAAAGAUCGAGGAGCACUCGUCUGAGCUAGAGCAACUUCGACUACAGAUCGAUGAACACAACAAGAAGUACUAUGAGCUAAAAAAGACCAAGGACCAGCACCAGUCUAUGCGAAAUGAGCUGUGGCGCAAGGAAACUCAGAUGACACAGCAACUGCAGACGCACAAGGAGGAGCUAUCGCGGGCCGACCAAGCGCUGCGCAGCAUGGCCGGCAAACCGAUCCUCAACGGCUGCGAUUCAGUGAGAAAGGUUCUCGACAGCUUCGUAGAACGUGGCGGUCAAUCGGCGGAGAUUGCGCGAGCCUACUAUGGACCUGUGAUCGAGAAUUUCAGCUGCGACAAAACAAUCUACACGGCCGUCGAGGUAACGGCCGCCAAUCGACUGUUUCAUCACAUUGUAGAGUCAGAAUACGAAGGCACACAGAUCCUUAAGGAGAUGAACAAACUGAAGUUGCCGGGUGAAGUGACCUUCAUGCCUCUGAACCGCCUGCAGGUAAAAAUACACGAUUACCCGGAUGAUCCUGACUCCAUACCAAUGAUAUCCAAGCUGAAGUACGAUGAACAGCACGACAAGGCUUUAAGGUAUAUCUUUGGCAAAACGCUAAUCUGCAGAAAUCUAGAGCGUGCCACUGAGUUGGCGAAGAGCACGGGACUUGAUUGUGUAACGCUGGAUGGAGAUCAGGUAUCAUCCAAGGGUUCCCUCACAGGCGGUUAUUUCAAUACAUCACGAUCCCGUCUGGAGAUGCAAAAGAAACGAACAGAAUAUACCAGCCAGAUUGCGGAAUUCGAAAAGAAACUCGGCAAGCUGCGCAAUGAACUUAAGUCCACCGAGAACAAUAUCAAUUCGAUAGUAUCCGAGAUGCAAAAAACGGAAACAAAGCAGGGUAAGUCAAAGGAUGUGUUCGAAAAAGUGCAGGGCGAGAUUCGGCUAAUGAAGGAGGAGCUUGUGCGCAUUGAACAGUACCGGGCUCCCAAGGAGCGCUCCCUGGCUCAGUGCAAGGCGUCAUUGGAGUCCAUGACUAGUACCAAAUCUAGUUUGGAGGCUGAGCUUAAACAGGAAUUGAUGUCCACGCUGUCUUCGCAAGAUCAGCGGGAGAUUGACCAGCUGAACGACGAUAUUCGUCGUCUUAACCAGGAAAACAAGGAGGCAUUUACGCAGCGAAUGCAGUUCGAGGUGCGCAAAAACAAGCUGGACAACCUGCUAAUCAACAAUCUAUUUCGGCGACGUGACGAACUCAUCCAGGCGCUGCAGGAAAUCUCCGUGGAAGAUCGCAAGCGAAAGCUUAAUAACUGCAAGACGGAACUGGUUUCCGCUGAAAAGAGAAUAAAGAAGGUUAACUCCGAUCUAGAGGAGAUUGAAAAGCGGGUGUCGGAAGCAGUGCAGCUGCAAAAGGAGCUGCAACAAGAGCUCGAGACACAUGUGCGCAAGGAAAAAGAGGCUGAGGAGAACCUUAACAAAGAUUCUAAGCAGCUGGAGAAAUGGUCCACUAGGCAGAAUAUGCUCAAUGAGAAAAUCGACGAAUGUACGGAGAAGAUCGCUAGUUUGGGCGCCGUGCCGCAGGUUGAUGCUGCCUAUACCCGCAUGUCACUGAAAAAUAUCUUUAAGGAGUUGGAGAAAGCCAACCAGCACCUAAAGAAGUACAACCAUGUGAAUAAGAAGGCCCUGGAUCAGUUCUUAAGCUUCUCCGAGCAGAAGGAAAAGCUCUAUAAGCGCAAAAAAGAGCUGGACAUCGGUAACCAGAAGAUUCACAUGCUCAUACAGUCAUUGGAGAUGCAAAAGGUGGAGGCUAUCCAGUUUACGUUCCGACAAGUAGCGCAGAACUUUACCAAGGUCUUCAAGAAGCUGGUGCCCAUGGGCGCUGGUUAUCUUAUCCUGAAGACCAAGGACAACGAAGGCGAAGAGAUGGAGAAGGAGGUGGCCAAUUCUGAUGCCUUCACAGGGAUUGGCAUUCGAGUUUCUUUCACUGGCAUUGAAGCUGAGAUGCGUGAGAUGAAUCAGCUGUCCGGUGGACAAAAGUCCUUAGUAGCCCUGGCCCUGAUUUUCUCCAUCCAAAAGUGUGAUCCAGCUCCAUUCUACCUGUUCGACGAGAUAGAUCAAGCCCUGGAUGCAAUGCAUCGAAAGGCGGUAGCGGACAUGAUUCACGAGCUUAGCGACACGGCCCAGUUUAUUACGACAACGUUCCGGCCGGAAUUGCUGGAAAACGCGCACAAAUUCUACGGCGUGAGAUUCCGUAACAAGGUCAGCCACAUUGAUUGUGUGACCCGAGAGGAGGCCAAGGACUUUGUCGAGGACGACAGUACCCAUGCCUAGGAGAUUUCCCCUGCCAAAAUCACAUCCUCAAACCCACCACACCCACCCCUUAUCCCAGCCGGCAAACCCGGAACAAUUAUUAGUUUCUUAAGCCUAAAUUUGGUUUCACAUUCUUUUUGAAUCAUAUAUAUAUAUAUAUUUAGUUUUUUUUUAUUAAGCAUAAUUGCUACUUGUAAUUUUCCUUAACAACGAGAGUUAGUUUUCGAUAUAGCCGCCUCCUUUGCGUCAAACACAUCGGGCAGUGGUGGAAAAUCGAGAGUUAAGUAACUCUGAACCCAGAUCAAUAUGUAAUAAAGCACAUAGAGAAGUAAUCUUAACUAUAUUUAAAAUAAAAAAAAGUGUAUUAAAAAAUCAUAUACAAAACG